AGCAGUAGGCGAUGUGAAGAGCGUUAUUGAAUUAAGCUUAUCAUUUGAUUUUGAGGAGAGCCACCAGUCGGUUGUCUCGGCUCCUCUUAAACACCACCGAAAAACUUUUCUAUCGCCUACCCCCGGGAUAAUCGCAAUAAUUUGAUAUCGCUCCUUGAUACGAUUACAUCGUAAGCACCCCGCGGGCAUUUCAAGAGGUAUAACGCGUGGUGGUGGAGAGCUAAAGGAGGCGCCAGAAAGAAUACGCGCCAAAGGGAGUUGAGAGUUGUCGGCUCAUCCUCGGCUUUUAUUUUCGUUUUUUUUUCUUUCUUUCUUCAUAUUUUUUCUCUCCUUCGGAAAUAGUCUGGAGGGGUCCGUAGCUGCAGUGCGGACACUUGUGCGCGGAUAUUGGGCCUCACGCGGCCAAAUUGAAGUGAGUGCGCGUGCGCAGACGGCUUUUGUAUCGGUGAAAAGGCGCGCGUUUUCCGUUUCCGCGAAGAAUCGAAAGAUUUUUCGUUCAUGUAAUACGAUUCUCGGGCCUGAUCGUGUGCCCGACGGCCCGCGCGGCCGUAAUGUCACCCAGUGACAAGGCCUGAAGUCUUGUUUUGGGGGACAGGUGGUGACAGAAUUGGAGACGAUUUGAUAAUUGUGAUUUUGUGAAAUAUACGCGGAGGUGUUGAGACGACAAUGGAUUACUCGUAUUUGAAUCAAGCGGCGGCGGCUGCUGCGGCCGCCGGGUUUGAGACAUCGAGCUGCGCUCUUGCCACCGGGGAUAUGCAGUGUGGAUAUGGGGAUUUGAGUUCUUGCUCACAGAUGAGUCAGGCGGCGUAUCGUUACACGGCGGCGAGGGCCGCGGGAUACCCGGGGACUGCUGGGGCCACGGGAGCCGGCAGUGGGCCCGGUCUUGGAGCGCAUCAUGCUGGACAUGCUCAUGCCCACGCGCAUCAUGCUGCCCAUGCAACACCCUGCUCAGUUAUGGCGGCUAGAAGUCAGGAUGUUCAUCGGCAUGCCGCUUCUAUAUUCAAUCAGUCGAUUAAUCUUCAAGGCGGUCUCGGGUACAAGCCGUACGCAACGCACGACGGACUCGCGGAGAAGAGAAAACAGCGACGGAUACGCACGACGUUCACCUCGGCACAGCUGAAGGAACUGGAACGGGCCUUCCAGGAGACACAUUAUCCUGACAUUUACACGAGAGAGGAGAUAGCAAUGAAGAUCGAUCUCACGGAAGCCAGGGUACAGGUGUGGUUCCAGAAUCGUCGAGCAAAAUUCCGAAAACAGGAACGCCUGGCACAGCAGAAGACAACGGGUCAGAGUUCGGGUGUAGGAGUUGACAGUGGUGCAUCGAGUCCAGUGUCUGGAAGUGUCAAAACAGAGGGAAGAUCACCCAGGAGUCCAGGUACACCACCGGGCACCUCCAACAAUCACGUACCGUCCAGCGACAUCAAGUCCCUCGCUAAUGCAACUUUAGUCUCCCUCAAACACAAUAAUGAUAAUCACGACGGUAAUUCACCGAAUAAUCGUGGUAGCAUUAAUGUCACAACAUCGGCAAGUGGUGGAAGUGCCUGGGGAUCAUGCAGCCCCCGACCAUUCACAACUACGCUACCCCCCUAUCUCCUCGAUCCACUUCCCCUCAAAACUGCGAAUCUCUACUAAGAAAUUCCUUCCAAAAUGCAGAGAGCAAAAUUUUCUUCAAUGAGGGGGACGUUUUUACCCCUUGUUUACGUUCAUUGAUUGGUACACUGUUAGAAAACAAUUGGAUUUUCAUGGACAAUUGAUCAUUAAUUUUCAGGAAUGUGAGACUGACUGCGAUUUAGGGAAGAGAAAUCAUAAAAUUUCCAGUUUCACUGAAAAUUCAGUGACAUUCCAGAAUUUUAAAUAGCAAAAAGAUGAAAAUUUCCACAAAAUUUAUCAAAAACUUGAAAAAUUAUCAGAUAUUGGCAAUAACACCUCAACAAAAAAAUUGUCUCUCCACACGUCUUCACAAAAAUCUCAGCCAAUUAAUUUGUAAUGAAUAAUUCGGUCGUGAAGUGGUAAACUAGGAUAAGUGCAGAAAUCCGAAUUUUUCAGGAGAGCUGAAAAACGAUUUGCAGCAUUGUAAGGAGGAUUUUCACGCAUCUAAUGAUGGAUAUUUAUUUAUUGCUUUAGUAUUUGUUAAUAACGAUGGCACCAAGACUUUGUACUAGAUUUGACGCCUAAUUCACGCACUUAUCCUCACUGUCAUGAUUGGCAACAAAAGAUAAGUCAACUUAUCUUCCUUGGCAAUAAAAAUGGAAAGCAGCAAGUCGUGUAAAAAUAGUAAGAUAAGUCAACUUAUCCUUUCUCCGCAACUCAACCUCCGAGGAUAUGUCAACUUAUCUUCAUUUGCGCUGUCAUAAUGUCACUUAUCCUCCUCAUUUUUGUUCGAUACUGGCACCAAAAAUUGAUUUUCAGCUAAAUCCUUUUGUGAGGACCUCCGGAACAAUGUUAUGCUUCAAUUUAAACAAAAAACCCAUUUUCAAAAAAAAUGCACUUAUCCUAGUUUACCACUUCACGACCAAAUUGAUAGUUAUUGACUCUCUUGUAUGAAAUACCAUAUCAUUUUCAACAACAAUCGGCGACAAAACGGUAGAAUUAUCUACGGAAUUCCAAUGGAGCUUCAAAGAUUUAAAAACGAUUCUUCUCAAUUUGAGGAAAAUAUUUUUCUCUGCGGAAAUGUUAUAUAUAAAGAAAACAAUGUACGUCCAAUUCUCGUGUAAAUAGAUCUAUCGACGUGCUUUGAAUCGUAAGAGAUGUGCAGUCGAAUUCCUCUAGAGGACCUCCUGAAAACAAAAUGUUACACAUAAUUUGUGAAAUAAAAAAAUGGAGCGAUAACACGUUUGGAUUAACAGGGUGCAGAGGGGGAUGUGAGUUAUAAUUUGUGAUGGAUUGAUCCAACAGUUCAUCGAUCAUGGGAUCGAAUUUAACGCUGCGAUUAUGAACCUUGGUGCAAUCAUAAGAUGUAUUUUAAUGAACGCCAAAUGCGUACAUGUCUUCGCACUUAUUGAUUAAGAUUGAAUUUCAUUAUUAUAUCAUUAUGUGUGACUGGAAAAGAAAGGAAACUUGUACAGUUGUUGCUAUAAAUAUAUAAAAUCAGUGUUUUA